AUGCGUGUGUUCUUUUGGAAUGCUCAAGGCUUAGCCAAAGAUGGUGCAAAGGCCAAGCUAAAAGAGCUCCAAAAUUUGCACUCCCCUGACAUCAUUUGUCUCGCUGAAACGCAAGUUUUUUGCACAGUUCGAUAUGUCAAAUCCUUAAGGUUGGUUGGAUUCUGUGAGGACGUCAUCACAAAUGAGGUGGUUGGUACCAAAGGUAAUAUCUGGAUCUUGUGGAGAAACACUCUCCCAAAACCGACGGUGAUUUCUUCUUCCAAGCAAGCCAUAACUAUUGAUGUGGAUGGGAAUUUUAUCACUGCUGUGCAUGCUUCUUUCAACGCUGUUUCAAGAAAAAUGCUCUGGAGUCAGCUAGGUUUAGGCUCCAUAUCUAUUCCUUGGCUGGUGGUGGGGGACUUCAACUGUGUUCUGCGCCUUGAAGAGAAAAAAGGCGGUAUCCCGAAUAAAGAAGUUUACAUGAUCGAUUUCAGGAACUGGAUAUCUGACAAUGGACUGGUUGAGGCUGAUGCAAUAGGCAAGAAAUACACCUGGUCCAAUUGUCAGAAAGGAAGACGUCGCAUUGUCUCUAAGCAUGAUAGAGCUCUGGUGAAUAAUGCUUGGCAUUACAAAUUUGCCAACUGGAGAUGCAAAGCCCUCCCAAGGAUUUGUUCUGACCACUCCCCCCUCAUUGGGUUUGAUUUUCACAGCUCGAGACCGGUUAGAGCUCCCUUUAGAUUCCAAAAGAUGUGGCAAUCGCAUCCGAGUUUCUUAAACAUGGUGGAGAAUAAUUGGAAUCAAAAUAUGGCUGGUGCUCCCCCUUUCGUGUUCAACGGCAAGCUAAAAAGACUUAAAGAUGCUCUAAAAGCCUGGAACAGACUUGUCUUUGGAGAUGUUCACUACAGACUGAAGCAAGCUGAGCUCAGGCUGGAUUCUGAAGCUGAUCUUCUUGAUUUCGACCCAGCGGAUGAAGUCCAAUUCACUAGAGUGGAAGAUGCUCGGAAGGCUGCAGACGAUGUGAGAUUGGAGCUAGCCAGUAUGCUGAGAAUGAAAUCAAGAAUCUCUUGGCUAGAAGAAGGGGAUCAAAAUACUCGUUUUUUCCACAAUUCCAUCAGAUUGAGAAGGGGCCAAAACACCAUCUCAGAGCUCAAGAUCUCUUCUAACUCUACUUUGACUGUGCAGGAGGACAUUAGAGACUUCAUCAUUGAUCACUACAAGGAGAAAUUUAAUGGUGGCAAUGUCAACAUAAAUCCUUCUCUGUUUGAUUACCCGCAUGCCAGCAUUUCUACCUCGGAGAGUGCCUCUAUGGAUGCUGUGCCCUCCUUGGAAGACAUAAAAGAAGCGGUCUUCGAUUUGGGAGCAGACUCAGCUCCAGGGCCGGAUGGUUUUCCAGGUUCUUUCUAUAGACAUUGCUGGAACAUUAUCUCUGAAGACCUUUACAAAGCCAUAGUGAAUUGCUGGGAAAUGAGAAUGAUUCCAAAAGGCAUUAACUCGAGUUUUAUGGUGCUCAUCCCAAAGAACAAGAAAUCUGAUGCUAUCAAGGACUACCGCCCCAUUGGCCUGAGCAACUUCUUCUUCAAAAUCAUCACAAAGAUAAUGGCUACAAGGCUUGGCUCUGUUCUAGAUGAUUUGGUUUCAGAAGAGCAGGUAGCCUUUAUGAAAGGAAGGAACAUUCAUGAAAACAUAGCCCUCGCGUCUGAACUAAUCAAUGAGCUCAAUUCGGAUAGGAAGUAUGGCAAUGUUGGUAUCAAGCUUGAUAUAGCCCAAGCUUUUGACACAGUAAGUUGGGAUUUCAUUAUUGAGGUUUUUCGGCAGUAUGGAUUCUCUGAAACCUGGUGCACUUGGAUUCGUAGCAUUCUUGAUUCGGCUCGUAUCUCCAUCCUGAUCAAUGGCAGCCCUGAAGGCUUUUUCAGCAUCUCGAGGGGUCUUCGUCAAGGGGAUCCUCUCUCCCCCUUGAUCUUUGUUCUUAUUGAGGAUGUCCUAAGUCGAAAUUUGUCUAAACUCUUUGCUCGUCGUAGUAUGCAUUGGAUGGUCAGUAAGAAGGGGGUUGCUCCUACCCAUUUGCUCUUUGCAGAUGAUAUCCUUGUCUUCUGCAGGGGUAAUUGGCAAAGCCUUCGGAAUCUGGUUGAUAUUUUGAACAUUUACAAGAUGGCUUCUGGCCAAUGUGUGAAUUUUGCCAAGAGCAAAUUCUAUUAUGGAGGAGGUUCGGCCUCAAGGGCUAUAGCAAUCUCCAAUUUUCUGGGCAUGGAAAGAGCUCAUUUUCCCGAUAGAUACCUGGGCAUAAACUUGAAGCCAGGCAUAGUUCGGCACAUCCACAUCCGUCAGGUGGUGGAGAAGAUUAUGGACAAAUUAGCGGGGUGGAAAGGUCAGCUUCUGUCUUUUCAGGCUAGGCUGGUGUUAAUCAAGUCAGUAAUCUCGAGCUAUGUUACCCAUUCCAUGGCCGUUUAUAAAUGGCCUUGCACUGCCAUCAAACGAGUUGAGAGAGCCAUCAGAAAUUUCCUUUGGUCAGGAGAUGCGGAUAAGCGUAAGUACUUCACUGUUCUUUUUGAAAGCCUUUGCUGUCCCAAAAGGGAGGGAGGCCUAGGCCUCAAGAAACUUUUGGACGUUAACAAGGCUAUGUUGAUGAAGCUUUGGGUCUCCAUAAGGGAUUCAGACAAGAUUUGGGCUCGUUUCCUGAGAGCCAAAUUUUUCAAAAACAAUGGCAACCUGAUCGACUACAAGCUGGGCUCUUCUGUUUUUCCGGGCAUCAAACUCGUCUUCAAAUUUGUGCAAAAACACACAAGAUCUAUCAUAGGAAAUGGCGAGAAUACUUCUUUAUUCUUUGACAACUGGUGUGGGGACUUCUCGAUUGCUGGGAAGCUGGGCCUCUCCUCCAAAGGUCCUAAAGAUUUCCAAGCAAAGGUUAGUGACAUUACUGAGGAUGGGUCUUGGGUAAUUCCUCCCUCAACGAGGAGUCUAAUGGUUCUUUGUGGCAUUGAUAUGGAGAAGCUUCCAAUCAUUCCUGGAGGGGAAGACUACCGAAUCUGGGACUUGGACAAGAAGGGAGUUUUCUCGGUCAAAUCUGCCAAGGCUGCAAUAAAAGCGUCAGGGGAAAUCCAGCCAGCAGCGAUCCUUUUUAACAGAAAGACGGUCCAUCCAACUUUGGGCGUGCAGUAUUGGAAAAUAUGGAUGGGCCAGUGUUGUGCAACUGAGGAUAAAAUGAUUAAAAACACAGGUAGAUGCAUGCCAUCGAUGUGCAGGCUCUGCAGAAGAGAUUGCGAGUCUCUCAACCAUAUCACUUGGCAUUGUAGAUUUGCCAAAAGGGGUUGGUUUUGGUUAACUGGUCUCUUCAAUAUCAAUCCUAAAGAAGACCUUGUGAACUCUUACAAGGCCGCAAAGGGCCGUAGCAGGAUGAUAAAAGAUUUGUGGCUUGUGGCAAAUCUUGCCAUCACAACGGAGUUAUGGAAGACUCGGAACAGAAAUUACUUUGACAAUGCUCCGGUGACCUGGCUAGGCUUCAAAGGAAGGGUCUAUCAAAUAAUUCGAGACAAUUCUAGCCGGAUGAAAGGGCAUAUGCACAACUCUCAGGAUGACUUGAGGAUUCUAAAUUACUUCAGGGUUCAACACAGAUCUUGCAAAAUCAACAUCCCGGUGGAGAUAAGCUGGACUCCUCCUAAUCCUGAAGAAAUCUUGAUAUGCUGCGAUGGAGCCUCGUUGGGUAAUCCAGGCCAAGCAGGCUCAGGAGUAAUAUUUCGCGAUUCAAGCUCAACGGUCCUGGGAACUCUUUCUGUUGGUCUGGGCUGGCAGACAAACUUCUACGCAGAAGUAGCAGCUGUUAUCUACGGAGCAAUUGUGGUUCAGAAGUGGGACAUUAAAAAUCUCUGCAUACGUUCUGAUUCGAUGAGUUGUAUACAGGCCUUUCAGAAAAAUGAACUUCCUUGGCAGCUAAGACAAAAAUGGCUCAUGGCAAACCGCUUCUUCUCCAACAUUCGUUAUAUUCACAGCUAUAGGGAAGUCAACUUUUCUGCGGACGCCUUGGCCAAGAGAGCUUGUUUGAUAGCCGAAGACAUCUUUGAAUUUUAUGAGGGUAGGCCGGCCUUCAUUCCUUCUGUAGAAUGGCCUGGCAUUUUGUAUUAUCGUUUCAAAUAG